GAAACCGGAGAGCUCUGCUGGCGUCUUGGUUUACCGCUUGAGUUGGUGGCCGCCAGAGCGGGAGAGGGGGAGUUUCGUCGGCCGAGAUGGCUUCCAAAAGGAGAACUCUGAGCUUUAGUGAAAGGCAUCAGAAAUUAGUAGAUGUAAACUAUUGCAAAAAAUUGCAUGUCGAGGCACUACAAAGGCUACAGAAUCAAAUCAGGGACCAAAUGGUGCAGAAUGAGAAUGAUGACCGGGCUGAGCGCAAAAGGUUCCUCAGAUUAUUACGGAAUGAACAAUUUGAGUUGGAUAUGGAAGAGGCCAUUCAAAAGGCAGAAGAAAACAAAAGAUUGAGGGAGCUCCAGCUUGAACAAGAUGAAAAAUUGGCUAUGGAAUUGGCAAAACUUAAACAUGAAAGUCUAAAGGAUGAAAAGAUGAGGCAACAAGUAAGAGAAAACAGUAUUGAGCUCAGAGAAUUGGAGAAGAAAUUAAAAGCAGCUUACAUGAGUAAAGAAAGAGCAGCUCAGAUUGCUGAAAAGGAUGCCAUUAAAUAUGAGCAAAUGAAACGUGAUGCUGAAAUAGCCAAAACUAUGAUGGAAGAACACGAGAGAUUAAUAAAGGAAGAGAAUGCUGCAGAGGAAAAACGAAACAAAGUAAAAGCACAGUACAAUCGUGACUUAGAGAAACAACGUGAAGAACAAGGAAAGAAGAAGCAGGAAGCUUAUGAGCAACUGCUGAAAGAGAAACUCAUGAUUGAUGAAAUUGUUAGGAAAAUCUAUGAAGAAGAUCAAUUGGAAAGACAACAAAAGUUAGAAAAAGUGAAUACAAUUCGAAGGUAUAUAGAAGAGUUUAAGAAAGAGCAGGCUCUCUGGAGAAAAAAGAAACAUGAGGAAAUGGAAGAAGAAAAUAGAAAAAUCAUAGAGUUUGCCAAGAUGCAGCAACAAAGGGAAGAAGAUCGGAUGGCAAAAGUUCAAGAAAGUGAAGAAAAAAGGCUACAGCUUCAGAAUAUGCUGACUCAGAGAUUGGAAGAAAUGCUGCGGCAACGUGAAGAUUUAGAACAAGUGCAACAGGAAUUAUACCAGGAAGAACAAGCAGAAAUACAUAAGAAGAAACUAAAAGAAGAAGCAGAAGAGAAAUUGAGAAAGCAAAAGGAGUUGAAGCAAAAUUUUAUGGAACAAAUGGCCUUGAAGGAACUAGUACUUCAGGCUGCAAAAGAGGAAGAGGAGAUCUUUAGAAAAGCUAUGCUGGCGAAAUUUGCUGAGGAUGAUCGAAUAGAAUUAAUGAAUGCUCAGAAGCAAAGAAUGAAGCAACUAGAACACAAGAGGGCUGUGGAAAAACUUAUUGAAGAGCGUCGCAACCAGUUCCUUGCAGACAAACAACGUGAACUGGAGGAAUGGCAGUUGCAGCAAAGAAGGCAAGGAUGUAUUAAUGAAAUUAUUGAAGAAGAAAGACUAAAACUUCUCAAAGAACAUGCUACAAAAUUACUAGGAUAUCUCCCUAAAGGAGUAUUCAAAAAAGAGGAUGAUAUUGAUAUGCUUGGUGAAGAGUUUAGAAAAGCAUAUCACAAAAGGAGUGAAAUUUGUGAAGAGAAGUGAUAUCAUCAAAGUUUGGUAAACCUGGAUUCUUUUGUAUGUUACCACUAGAUGUCAGUGUAACUUCUGUUUUACAGUUCAGUGAGGGUAGGAAUCCAUUGUCUUUGGAUUUUCUAAAACAUCUCUAUUUCAUCAUUUAUAAACAAUUAUUUGUAAGAAAACAUUUGUUUUUGAUAAAAAUUAAUUACUGAGUAUUUUUUCACUGCAAAAUUAAUGGCAAAGUUAAUUGCUUUUAAUCAAACUAUUGUUUUUGUACUAAUAAUUUGAAGAUCUGAAUUCUACACCACACUCCAUAUAGAGAAAUAUAUAUAUAUAUAAAAUCAAACAACCCAGGAGACUAACCUCUCCAUACCACUUCUAUCUAUGUUAGUGUCUUGGAACUUUACUUCCCUGAUUUGGCCAGGGAAAACUUUACUUUUCUCCUCUCACAGUAGACAGGAAAAGAGUGAGGAAUUUCAACGUGCUUUACUAGCGAAUGCACUUAAUUGUCAAUAAGAACACAGAAACAGUUUCUCUUGUAUAAACAUCAUUUACAAACUAGAG